AUGACAGAAAAUCAAACAUGGGUCACAGAAUUCAUUCUCCUGGGAUUCCCACUCAGCCCACUGACCCAGGUGUUCCUCUUCGGGCUCUUCUCCCUGUUCUAUGCCUUCACCCUGCUGGGGAACAGCACCAUCCUGGGGCUCAUCUGGCUGGAUUCCCGACUGCACACCCCCAUGUACUUCUUCCUCUCCCACCUGGCUGUUGUUGACAUAGCCUAUGCCUCAAAUAAUGUCCCAAAGAUGCUGGCGAACCUUCUGAACAAGGAAAAAACGAUCUCCUUUGUCCCAUGCAUAAUGCAGACCUUUUUAUACAUGGCUUUUGCUCACACUGAGUGUCUCAUCUUAGUAAUGAUGUCUUAUGAUCGAUAUGUGGCGAUUUGCCACCCCCUACGUUACACUGUCAUCAUGAACUGGAGAGUAUGCACGGUUCAGGCUGUCAUUUCCUGGGCAUGCGGCUCCCUGCUGGCCCUGGUCCAUGUGGUUCUCAUCCUGAGGCUGCCCUUCUGCGGGCCUCAUGAAAUCAACCACUUCUUCUGUGAGAUCCUGUCUGUCCUCAAGCUGGCCUGCGCUGACACCUGGCUCAACCAAGCUGUCAUUUUUGCUGCUUCUGUGUUUAUCUUAGUCGGGCCCCUCUGCCUGGUGCUGGUGUCCUACACGCGCAUCCUGUUCGCCAUCCUGAGGAUCCAGUCCGGGGAGGGCCGCAGAAAGGCCUUCUCCACCUGCUCCUCCCACCUCUGCGUGGUGGGGCUCUUCUUUGGAAGCGCCAUUGUCAUGUACAUGGCCCCCAAAUCCCGCCACCCCGAGGAGCAGCAGAAGAUCCUUUCCUUGUUUUACAGCCUUUUCAACCCUAUGCUGAACCCGCUGAUCUACAGCCUGAGGAACACCGAUGUCAAGGGCGCCCUGAGGAGAGUGCUGUGGAUGGAGAGAUCAAUGUGA